AUGCCAAAGAGUAGAUGUCUGUUAGUGUUAGAAAAAUGUAUGAACAUGAAACAAUUUAAGCAAACUCAUGCACACAUAAUCCUUACAGGACUUGGAAACAACAGUUUCGCGCUUAGUCGUCUUUUAGCUUUUUGUUCAAACCCAUUUCAUGGAAUCCCUGUAACCUACUCAACUCAGAUUUUUGAUCAAAUUGUCAAACCCACUAUAUGUAUUUGUAAUACUAUGCUUAAAGCUUUUUUACUGAAAGGGGAACUCGAUAAAACUUUAGAAAUGUAUAGUCAUAUAAUGCACAUUGGUCUCUACCCUGAUAAUUACACUCUUCCCUAUGUAUUGAAAGCCUGUGCUCAUUCGAAAAAGGUUCAAGUAGGAGAACAGAUUCAUGGGGGUGUAUUCAAGUUGGGUUUUGAUGGUGACAUUUUUGUAGGUAAUACGCUAUUGCUCAUGUAUUCUUCUUGUGCUAGAAUGGUUGAAGCACGCCGUCUGUUCGAGGAAAUUCCGGAAAGAACUGCGGUUUCGUGGACAGUUAUGAUAUCUGGGUACUCUAAAAGGGGUGAUGUUGAUUCUGCGCGGUUAAUAUUCGAUGAAGCACCGUUCAAGGAUAGAGGAAUUUGGGGUUGCAUGAUUUCAAGCUAUGUGCAAAACAAUUGUUUCAGGGAGGGGUUGAAAAUGUUUCGUUUGAUGCAGUUGACCGAUUUAGACCCUGACGAAGGAAUUUUUGUUAGCUUACUUAGUGCCUGUGCUCAUUUAGGAUCUGCGGAUAUUGGAAUAUGGAUUCACAGGCACUUGAAGAGAAUGCAGUUUCCGAUGUCUGUUCAGCUUAACACUGCUCUUAAAGAUAUGUACGCAAAGUGUGGGAAUUUGGGUUUAGCUAAGAAUUUGUUUGAUGGGAUGCGGGAAAGAGAUGUAAUUUGUUGGAAUGUGAUGAUUUCUGGAUCGACAAUGAAUGGGGAUGCCGAGAAUGCACUUGCACUGUUUGAGCAAAUGGAGAAAGAUGGUUUCAGACCCAACGACAUAACCUUCAUCGCCGUAUUAACUGCAUUCAGCUAUUCAGGUAUGGCUUGUAAAGGACUGCAGAUUUUUGAUAGCAUGAAGUCGGUUUACAGAAUGGAACCUAAAAGUGAGCAUUAUGGAUGUAUGAUCAACUUGCUUGGUCGAGCUGGGCUUUUUGAGGAGGCAAAAGAAAUUAUUCGGAAAAUGCCAACUUCAUGUAGCCAUUCAGACGAAGCAAUGGCUUGGAGAGCAUUACUGAAUUCUUGCUGUAGUCACGGAGAAACCAGUCUAGCAGAGGUUGCUGCUGAGAGACUCGUACAGUUAGAACGUCAUUGUGGGGUGUAUGUUUUACUAUCGAAUAUGUAUGCAAGUUCUGGUAAAUAUGAUGAUGCUAGGAGAAUGAGGAAAGAUAUGAAAGAUAGAGGAGUAGAGAAGACACCGGGUUGUAGCUCGAUUGAGGUUAAUGGGUUUAUUCAUGAGUUUGUUGCUGGUGAGAAAACACAUCCUCAGAUGCAAGAGAUACAUAAAGUUUUGGAGAAGAUGAAUGAUCAGUUGGAGUAA